AUGGCUGUCACCAUGAACCAGGACCUGCGGCGGGAGCGGGCCUCCGCCAGCUUCAACCCCGAGCUGCUCACGCACAUCCUGGACGGCAGCCCGGAGAACACCCGGCGACGCCGAGAGAUCGAGAACCUGAUUCUCAACGACCCAGACUUCAAGCACGAGGACUUGAACUUCCUCACGCGCAGCCAGCGGUACGAGGUGGCUGUGAGGAAGAGUGCCACCUUGGUGAAGAAGAUCAGGGAGUUUGGCAUCUCAGACCCUGAUGAAAUCAUGUGGUUUAAAAACUUUGUGCACCGAGGGCCCUCGCCUCUGGACCUCCACUUGGGCAUGUUCCUGCCCACCUUGCUUCACCAGGCGACUGCGGAGCAGCAGGAGCGCUUCUUCAUGCCCGCCUGGAACUUGGAGGUCAUCGGCACCUAUGCCCAGACCGAGAUGGGCCAUGGGACUCACCUGCGAGGCCUGGAGACCACAGCCACGUACGACCCCGAGACCCAAGAGUUCAUUCUCAAUAGUCCAACUGUGACCUCCAUCAAGUGGUGGCCUGGGGGACUUGGAAAGACUUCAAAUCAUGCGAUAGUGCUAGCCCAGCUCUACACCCAGGGGAAAUGCUAUGGGUUACAUGCCUUCAUCGUACCUCUUCGUGAGAUUGGAACCCACAAGCCUCUGCCAGGCAUCACUGUUGGCGACAUUGGCCCCAAGUUCGGCUAUGAUGAGAUGGAUAAUGGUUACCUGAAGAUGGACCAUUUUCGGAUCCCCAGAGAAAACAUGCUGAUGAAGUAUGCCCAGGUGAAGCCUGAUGGCACCUACGUGAAGCCCGUGAGCAACAAGCUGACCUACGGCACCAUGGUGUUCAUCAGGUCCUUCCUCGUGGGCGAAGCCGCCCGGAGCCUGGCCAAGGCCUGCACCAUCGCCAUCCGAUACAGCGCCGUGAGGCACCAGUCCGAGAUCAAGCCCGGUGAACCGGAACCACAGAUUUUGGAUUUUCAAACCCAGCAAUAUAAACUCUUCCCACUGCUGGCCACUGCCUAUGCCUUCCAUUUUGUCGGCGCCUACAUGAAGGAGACCUACCACCGCAUUAACGAGGACAUCGGCCACGGGGACCUGAGCGAGCUGCCCGAGCUCCAUGCCCUCACCGCCGGGCUGAAGGCUUUCACCUCCUGGACAACCAACGCCGCCAUCGAAGCCUGCCGGAUGGCCUGUGGCGGGCACGGCUACUCUCACUGCAGUGGCCUCCCCAACAUCUACGUCACCUUCACCCCGACCUGCACCUUCGAGGGCGAGAACACCGUCAUGAUGCUGCAGACCGCCCGGUUUCUGAUGAAGAGCUACGACCAGGUACACGCGGGGAAGCUGGUGUGCGGCAUGGUGUCCUACCUGAACGACCUGCCCAGCCAGCGCAUCCAGCCGCAGCAGGUGGCCGUGUGGCCCACCGUGGUGGACAUCGACAGCCCCCACAGCCUCACCGAGGCCUACCGGCUCCGGGCGGCCAGAUUGGUGGAAAUCGCUGCCAAAAACCUUCAGACGGAAGUGAGUCACCGGAAAAGCAAGGAGGUCGCGUGGAACCUGACUUCCGUGGACCUCGUGCGAGCAAGUGAGGCGCACUGCCACUACGUGACGGUAAAGCUCUUCUCAGAGCAGCUCCUGAAAAUUCAGGACAAGCCCAUCCAGGCCGUGCUGCGGAACCUGUGCCUCCUGUACUCGCUGUACGGGAUCAGCCAGAAGGCCGGGGACUUCCUCCAGGAGAACAUCCUGACGGACUCCCAGGUCACCCAGGUGCACCAGCGCAUCAAGGAGCUGCUGACCGUGAUCCGCCCGGACGCCGUCACGCUGGUCGAUGCGUUUGAUUUCCAGGACGUGUCGCUGGGCUCCGUGCUGGGCCGCUACGACGGCAACGUGUACGAGAACCUGUUCGAGUGGGCCAAGACCUCCCCGCUCAACAAAGCCGAGGUCCAUGAGUCUUUCUACAAGCACCUGAAGCCAAUGCAGUCCAAGCUCUGA